AUGGGUCUAAUCCCUUUUGUGACAAGCCCCUUGCACCCGCCCAAGUCCGGGAGGAGCAUUCCGCAGGGCUCGACGUUUGAUAGUGAGCCCGGUCUGGCCACGCACGAUGAAACCUUGUUCGAGAACCCUCAGUUCGAACACUAUGAGGCUACUUCCAACAUCCAGUUGUUUUUCGAUUUGUUUUUCGUGGCCAAUUUGACCUCCUUUGUGACUGCCCAUGAUGUGAACAGCAGUACGACGCUGGCGUCAUAUGUCGGCUUCAUCAGUAAUUUAUGGUUCACUUGGUGCCAGGUCAGUCUGUACGACGUCCGGUUUGCCACAGACAGCAUCUUCGAGCGUGUGGCCCACGCGUGCCAUUUCGGCGUGAUGAUGGGGCUGGCCGUCAUCGGCCCCAACUUCCUCAAGAAGGACACCUGGGGUCCCAUGCAGCAGUUGUCGCUGAUCCUCAUGGUGAGCCGCUUGGUACUCGCGUGCCAGCACGGCACGACGCUCUAUUUCACGUGGCAUUACCGCAAGAUUCGCGCGCCAUUGUUGGUCACUUUGAUCUCGCUGCUGGCCGCUGCAGCUGUUUACUUCGGUAUAUCGUUUGCGUUCCAUUUCCGCAUCACAUGGAAUGCCCAUAUAGCGUGGUAUUGUGUUUCCGUGACCGAGGUGGUUCUCAACGUGGCCGUGGCCGCGCUUCGGCCGGCUCUCUCGCUUGAGAAGACCCAUCUCGUAGAGAGGAUGACCUUCUUGACUUUGAUUAUCUUGGGCGAGGGUAUCAUUCUUUUGACCAAGGUCAUCAGCAUGAUCGGGAAGCUGGACCAGCGGUUCUUUCCUCCGGACAUUGGAAUGCUCAUAUCCUCCGUGGUAAUUAUUCACCUUUGGGCCAUGCUCCACUUCCCCUUCCACGUGUGCCUCUGCCUCAUGAUGGAAGGAAUCAACCAGAUCUUCAUAUGGGCGCACCUCUGGGCCGAUAUCAAGUACCUAUUCGAUCCCCUUGAGAAAAGCAUCCAAAAUGCCCCUGUCGACGAACUCAGUGAAAUACUCGGGGAGACGUUAGACGACGUCCUGAACCGCUUCACCACUUACUUCCAAGUCAUCGAAAGCGCAUUCAACGCGACCAAAGCCCUGCCCUCGAACGCGGAUGGGACCGAGUUCAUCGAGACGGCGUGGCCGGCUAUCAUGGAGACGGUAACCAUCAUCGUGCACAACUUCGGAUGGAACAUCCCCAAGGAAGUGGCGGCCAAGGCGAACCUCACGAUCCAGGAGGAGAUCGAUAAUGAAGGGUACUUCUGCAUCUGCACGGGCCUCUUCUUGAUCUUCACGACGGUUUUCGCGAUUCUAUCGCUUCCUCGCGACCCCCAACAUUUCCGCAUGCGCCACUUCAGCACGGGCAUCACCGCGCUCGUGGGCCUGGGCCUGGCGCUGCUCAGCCUGAUGAACGUCACCGGAAAGAGCCAGGCAGUAGGCCAGUCGCCGUGGACACUCCCGGCGCUAGUGCUGAUAAUGCUCUUCUAUGUUGCUUUUUUGUAUGGUAGGCCACUGCACCUCUCUUUCACUGCAGCUGCCUCCCCCUCCCUAUUAUCUUAGAAGCCAAAGACAGAGAUUAUAGCAUCCUACCUACUAGUAUGUUACACGGAGGCUUAGCUGGCCACAAGCAACCUGCUGGUCUGUAUUACUACGUCCACCGCUGUGGCUUAGAUUAGCACGCUGAAAGGAUGCUUUAGAGUAUAGUUCCC